AAAUGGCUCAAUCAUUAGACAAAGAUGCGUUUUACCUGAGUACCGGGCACGCAGGCCGACACGGACACGAGUUUCUAGAAUUCGAGUACCACAAGGGCAGAUUGCGCUACGCCAACAACUCGAAUUACCGAAACGAUCAAUUGAUCCGCAAAGAGAUGUGCAUCUCCCCGAUUGUGGUAGGGGAGCUGAAACGGAUAAUCGAGACAAGUGACAUUACCAAAGAAGACGACGCAAAUUGGCCGAAGAAGAGCAUCGUAGGGAAACAGGAACUAGAAAUUCGGAUAGGGAACGAGCAUAUUUCGUUUGAGACUUCGAAAAUCGGCUCCCUGGCUGAGGUGGCGGAGUCUGAGGAUCCGGAUGGUCUGCGAACGUUCUACUACUUGGUACAGGAUCUGAAGUGUCUCAUAUUCUCUCUCAUUUCUCUGCACUUCAAGAUCAAGCCUAUAUAGUUUUCAUCCCCACAUUACUGGGGAUUGUGCUCUGAGAUUCUGGUUCAGGACUGGAGCGCUGUACGCUAGCCUCAUGUCAUAAUCUAUGUACAUCUCCGUCCAUGAUCAUCUAGUGUUUUGUGACGGAGUUGUCCUGCC